AGCAUGUCCGAGCAGAAGACAAUGUCUACAUUAUUGAGGACAGUCAGUAAGUCGUGGAUUAAGAUCCAGUGGCCUUCUAAGGCGUUAUGACCUUGACUGCAGAAGAUAGUAACCAGACAUCCCCAUUGACAUCUGGUGCAGGACAAUUUUUCGCUCCGGCGGCAUCAGAGAUUGUCGUGACAGCGUUUUUGGGUCAGUCAGUGACUUUGCCCUGCAUAUACUCCUCCUGGUCUCAUCACAGCAACAGCAUGUGCUGGGGCAAAGGCCAGUGCCCCAAAUCCAGAUGCACCGAGGAGUUUCUCUACACCGACGGGUCGCGUGUGCUCUGGAAGAAGUCAGCAAAAUAUGCACUUCAAGGGAGUAUCGGGAGAGGGGACAUCUCCUUGACCAUCUUCAACACCAACGAAGGCGACAGCGGUGUGUACUGCUGCCGCGUAGAGGUGCCUGGCUGGUUCAACGACGUAAAGAAGAACAUUCGGCUGCAGCUGCGGAGAGCUCCCCCCACCACGCGUGCAACAACCACCCGCCGCCCAACCACCACCACCACCGCCGCCACCACUCCUGUGAUGACAACCCUAGCUGUGCUUCCAACAACGGUCAUGACUACACCUGAGGUCACAGCCAGGGAACCACCUCAGACGGGAACCACCACUGCCCUCACAGCAGUGGCAACCACGUGCCCUCCAACAACACUGAGCUCCCUUCCUGAGGAAGACACGGUUCUUCUGACCCCUGAGCUUCCCACCGAAGGGCCCAUCCUCACUGCAGAGUCUGAAACUGUCAUUCCCUCCAGCACCUCUCAGAGAAGCACUGAGGAGACUUCUGGAGACACUGCUUUAUUCACAGCCAAAGGUUGGGUUGUCCAGUCAACUUUGUGGGACGUGAGUGAGUCAGUGACUUCUCAGCCAAGAGCAUCUGAGACGAUAUAUUUUGUGCAACAUGGAGUUGAAUCAGAACAGAUAAGUAUGGCCAACAACUACGAGCUGCUCAUGAUCAUCGCUCCCUCCCUGGGGCUGGUGUUCUUGCUACUGCUUCUGGCCUUUCGUCUCCGAGGGAAACUCAUGGAAGCCAGUUGUUUCCAGAAACACACAAGGCUAGAAAAUGUUGGAGAAGGUAAAAAUGUCCUCAAUGGAAGAGAAGAUGAAGAUGGUCUUUUCACACUCUGAUGUACCCACUUUUUCUUAGGAUUGAGGAUGGGGGUAUAUCAUGUGAUUUGUCAAAAUAAGUCUUUGAAGGUUUCUUUUUUUAAAACCAUCUAUUGGUGUCAUUGAUCCUGUCUUGCUUCAGUUCGGCAGGUGAAAGGUUCUUUAGAGACCCCACAUUCUCUGCCUCAUCCUUUAAUCUGCGCAACGUCACUGCUAAGUGAUCUUCCACACUAGGCUUGAAUGCCUUCCGUGAUGGUGAACUCACUACCACACCCAAGGAAGUCCACUCAACCCCAGGGCACUUCUGAGACUUAGAAAUGUUUAAAACACAGUCUGUCUUCAGAUGGCAUCUGCCUCCUGGUCCUAGUUGGACCCCUUGUGCUCACAUAGAACACGUCUACACUCUCUUCUACCUGGCAGUGAUGCUCCAGACACUGGAAGGGGAACCUCACAUUUCUUCACAUUGCCUUGCUUCUGGGACACGAUUUCUGGUCCCUUCUCUCCUCUACUUGUCUUCGCCUUGUAUGCAUUUGUAUCUCUCCUUUUAUGGCCAGAUGUAAGAAUUCAGUGCCCCACUCCGGGUGUGGUAUCCAUCCCUGGGUUAUUGAUUAUCACCAGUGACAUACUGAUGAUAUAUCAUGUGUUACAUAUUGAUUAUCAUCAGUAAUGCAGGCAACAACAUCGACUCACACUGUCAUUUUGACUCACCUCCAAGUCACCUAGGUUAUCUGUUUUCUGUUCACCUUGGAGUAUCUUUAGAGGUCAUAUAGUCAUGGCAUUACCUUUUAAUUCUUGCUUUGGGGAAUUUAAUUUUGGAAACAGCUAAGAGUUCAUCACAGGAAAAUGUGGUGAAUGACAUCCAAGCAGGGCCAGCACGUGGAUGUGACAGUGAGGCAGUCACCCAUCAGUUUCUCUAAAUACAAUUCAUGCAAUUGGCUCCUCAAAAAGAACAGGUUUAUUUAAACACAUUAAGAGCCAGUAGCAUGUAAAACCAUGGAAGAGAGGUUAAAGCCAGCAGUUGUCAGAAUAGAUGAGUGGAAAGAAUUUGCAUAUGAGUGAGAGGCCUCUGGCUGGGCAGAAGGGUUGGCAUGUCAACCAGAUCUGAAAGAAAUUUGCCUGAAAUACUUCUGGUACAUUCAGGGCAAUAGCAGCAUUAAGGAAAUCUGCCCACAGUCUUUCAAGGUGAGCAUGUUUUUUAUUUCUACUCUUUUGACAUUACUUUUAGAAGAGGGAAAAAAACCAGAUGAGUCUCAUGACUUGACUGGAUCAGCUAUAGAUUCCUUGAACUGUUAGUUCAUACAGAUCCAGCAGUUAAUAAUAAUAAUAAUAAUAAUAAUAAUAAUAAUAAUAAUAAUACCAAAAAUCCCCGUCACUUGAACACUUGGGAAACACCUGCCCAGGGCAGCAUGCCUUCUGCCUCAUGUCGACUGAAAUAAAUGCACAGCCUAAAAGUUGA